GCCACAAUUUGAAAGAACAGCUUCUUGCUUAGAAGUGACAUAAACAGAAACGAAAGCUAAAAUGGCAGCCACAGUGGUAGCUCCGAGUCCUGUUCAACCGGAAAAUCCAAGAGAAAAAGCGCUUCAAGAAUAUAGGAAAAAGAUUUUGGAACAUAAAGAAAUUGAAGGAAGAUUGAAAGAGAUGAGAGAACAACUUAAGGAAUUUAAUAAAUUGUAUGAAAAAUCAGAAAAUGACUUGAAAGCCUUACAGAGUGUUGGGCAGAUUGUGGGAGAAGUUUUGAAGCAGUUAACUGAAGAAAAAUUUAUUGUGAAGGCUACUAAUGGCCCCCGAUAUGUUGUUGGAUGUCGAAGGCAGUUGGACAAGAGCAAAUUGAAAUCUGGUACUCGGGUAGCUCUUGAUAUGACCACUUUAACCAUUAUGAGGUAUUUACCAAGAGAAGUUGAUCCUCUUGUAUACAAUAUGUCUCAUGAAGAUCCAGGUGACAUAUCUUAUAACAUGAUUGGAGGUCUUGGCGAACAAAUUCGUGAACUGCGAGAGGUUAUUGAACUGCCCCUGUUAAAUCCAGAACUCUUCCAAAGGGUUGGUAUAACUCCUCCUAAAGGUUGUUUGUUGUAUGGGCCACCAGGAACUGGUAAAACUUUAUUGGCAAGAGCUGUAGCAAGUCAAAUUGAAGCUAAUUUUCUGAAGGUUGUAUCCAGUGCUAUUGUUGAUAAAUAUAUUGGUGAGAGUGCUCGACUUAUUAGAGAAAUGUUUAAUUAUGCUCGAGAUCAUCAGCCUUGUGUUAUCUUCAUGGAUGAAAUUGAUGCUAUAGGUGGGCGUAGAUUUUCAGAAGGAACUUCAGCAGAUCGAGAAAUUCAGCGAACUUUGAUGGAGCUCUUGAAUCAAAUGGAUGGCUUUGAUUCACUUGGUCAAGUAAAAAUAAUUAUGGCUACAAAUAGACCUGACACCUUAGAUCCUGCUCUUCUACGACCUGGCAGAUUAGAUAGAAAAAUAGAAAUUCCCCUCCCAAAUGAGCAAGCCAGGCUAGAAAUUUGCAAAAUUCAUGCUGCACCAAUUACCAAGCAUGGUGAAAUAGAUUGGGAAGCAGUUGUUAAACUUUCUGAUGGUUUCAAUGGUGCAGAUUUAAGAAAUGUCUGCACUGAAGCAGGUAUGUUUGCAAUUCGAGCUGAUCGAGAGUAUGUAGUAGAAGAGGAUUUCAUGAAAGCUGUUCGUAAAGUAGCGGAUAAUAAGAAACUAGAAUCUAAAUUGGACUAUAAACCUGUGUAAUUUUUCAUAUAUAUGUAUGUGUUGAAUCUUUCUAAUAAAAAAUGGUUUACGAAGCAAAAA